AUGUAUAUGGUGACCAGUAGAAAAGACCGUAGCACUCAUGGAACUGUAGGAGCUGGUGUAGAUUGGACAUCUUUUGCUAAAGACUCGUUUUCAAGAUAUAUGAAUAUGGCAAGAAGGGGAAGGAGUGAAGGGGGACAGGAUUGGAUGCUGGGUACAGGAAGAAUCUCAAGAAGACGAGGGCUGGGAUAUGAAUCCGACGUAAGAGUGCAAACACUAGCACACACCAACCAGGAGUUCAGCGAAGAUAACAUAGUGGAAAAUGACAAUCUGUUUGGGCACGACCAGUCAAGGCCACAAGAAGAACACUUUCCACCGAACCGUAGUGUAAGGGAAAGACCAGAAACAGAUGAUAGUGAGUCAAGUGUCCAAGGACCAAGACCAAUAAGACGGAGCAACCCGAUUGAACAAGAAGUUCAUGAUCAACCACAACAAGGAAUAGGAAUGGAGCAUACUCUGAAGAUGCUUCAUGACGUGAUAGCGAGGUCACUGCAACAACCUCAGGUGCAACCUCAGCCACUCGUACCACCACAACCUACAGUGGCUACACCGAUGUUACCAUUGAUAACUGCCAUGAAAAACAUGAAGACACCACAUUUUGAAGGAGGGACAGACCCAUUUGAAGCUGACCAGUGGCUUCGAACUAUGGAGAAAAACUUUGAGACCCUGACGUGUUCUGAAGAGUCUAAGAAAAAGAUGGCGGUGUAUUACUUAGAAAAAGAUGCGGCAGAAUGGUGGGAAAACAGGAAUCGCCAAGUAGGACAUCUGGUCACCACUUGGGCGGCAUUCAAAAAGGAAUUUGAACGCAAGUAUUUCACCCCGGAGUCCAAGCGAAGGCUUCAACGUCAGUUUGCUAACCUAGCACAAGGAGACAAGACAGUUAGAGAAUAUGAAUCGGAGUUCAUGCGACUGCGACGACAUGUGCUGCAGGGACAAGAUGAUGAAGAAACCAUGAUAUCCAACUUUAUGUUUGGUUUAAAACCAGAGUUAGAAAAUAGACUGGCAGUCGGGAACUACGAGAGUCUCACCGACCUAGUGGAAAAAGCUGUGAAUGUAGAGAUCGGAUUAGAAGCUGAGAAGGCGGCAAGUAAAAAGUCCAAGCAGCAUGAACAAGGAAAGUAUGGUGGAAAUCAAAGAUCAUUUAAGGGUAAAGAUAAGGAAAAGGAAUCAGGAAGGCCAACUCGACGAUCUCUAUUCACAGGAAAAUGCUUUAACUGUGGCAAGAUAGGCCAUAAGUCGAGUGAAUGCUUCGGAAAGAAACCUGGAUCCUUUCAGUCAAACUCCUACAAUCCUACAUGCUACACGUGUGGAAAGAAAGGACACAUCUCUACACAGUACAGUGUCAAUCGUCCUAUCCCGGCUACGCCAAUCAGUGUCCAUCCUCCCCCGGCUCCACCUGCAAUCGCACCAGCGCCAAAAAGGCAAGCUAUAGGAGGUAGAGUUUACGCUUUAGAACUAGAGGAUACUAAACUUCCAGGCCCAUCUAAGGGUCCCAUCACAGGUAUUUGGGUUCUUUAACUUUACUAGAUUGAUUUUGUGUUGAGUGAUUGCUUGUGAUGGAUUGAUUAAUUUCUGUUGGAUAAUUUU